ACAUUAAAUUUUUUCAAAUCAAAAUAAUUUGCUGUAAAUGUGACUGCCAACUGCAAUUGUGCACAUUAACAAAUCAGUAAUGAGUCUCAUCAGGAGAUUAACACCAAUAUUGAAUUGUCGAUACUUAAGAAGAGAAGUAUGUAAUCGAAGCAUACACACUGUAAUAUUAAAAGAAGCAAACAUUAACUCAACUUCGACAUUGUUAAACCUUCAGCCUGUUCAGCCUGUAUUCAGUAUUGAAAGAGGAAAAUCUAAAAAGGCAAAGUAUGAUUCUGACGAUGAAGAUGAAGCAUUUGGAGAGGAUGACUCGUCAUUGUCAAAGGAUUCAAAAGUUGUUAAAUUCAGCACCACAUCCAUGAGGACUGAUGUAAUAAUAAAAUCAGCACUUGGAUAUGCAAGAAACAGGGUAGAGGAAAUAUUUUAUGAAAGUAAAAUAAGAUUAAAUGGCAGGAAAAUAAUGAAAAAAAGUGCAGCUGUAAAACUUGGUGAUGAAGUUGAUGUUGUUAAAAUGAUCAGCCCUAAGAAUCCAGAACAUUUAUAUGUAUCCAGAAUAGAAAUAUUAAACAUUGUCCCCAAAGAAGAUAGUAUUUCUAUAACUGCUAGAAGAUUCAAAAAUCUGCUUAUAGAAAAUUAUGAAAUUGAUCCAUAUAAAUCUAGUUCUACUGAAGAAGAAACAUAGGAAAUUAGAUUUGUAGCGGAAGGAAAUAGUUAAUUUUGUAAAUAGCAAAAGUAAUCACAAUGUAAAAUAUAAUAAAAUAAAACUUUAAUAGGCAUAAUAACUUUUUAAAGCUAACAUG